AUGAUUCUCAAGUCCACUUUUUUCUUCUUCUCGUUUGUGGUGAGCUUGGUUGAAGGCCAGAGUCGUUGUUCCAGGCCCCUCUUUCCCGAGGAACCUAAUAUUGACGUGAUCGUCGACAAUCCAUCAUGCCCUGGUGACUACGGGAAGCUCAUUCAAACUAGUGAUGGAGGUUACUUCAGGUUGAUGUGUUGCACACAUCAACCCAGUGGAAUCACCAGUGUGGGCUCCAAGGGCAGUGUGGCGUCGUACAAAGACUGUCUGGAUUUGUGUUUGAGUGAUGCGAAUCCAGAGUGCGAUAGUGUCACCUACGAUGUGGGUAGAACUUGUGGGUUCUACAAGAACGGCGGGUUUUCUAAUGAACCCUGUGGAAAUGAUGAGCAUGACUGGCUUUACUACAUCGAUCCCCCACCACAGCCGGCAGCAAAUGACCAAAUCGUCUCCUGCUCAACUGAGUGCCCUACCGCCCAUGGCCAGAAAUAUGUCUCUGAGUUUGGCGAGCUAUUCCACAUGGAGUGUGGCAAGCGCCAUGGUACCAUUCCCUUUCACCAAGAGCACCAAGAUACCUACCGUGACUGCAUCGACGCUUGUGCCAACGUUCCAAAAUGUUCUAGUGUCGAUUAUUCGAACCGCACACUAACUUGCUAUUAUGGUACCCACUCUGGAGGACCUCCAGUUGAUGCGCCGGGCUAUUACAGCGCCUACUCGCUCGGAUGUGCAGGGGCUUGUGAAAAGGGUGAUGAUGGUUGCGACUGUGGUGGGACGAAGAAAUGCCGAGGCCGGGGAGCAGGGGAUAACUCUCAUGAUGAGCUCUAG